AUGAACUCAAUCAAGAGCAAACUCAUCACUGAAGAAAUAAAUCAUCAAACUCGAACUCGUAGUAACACCGAUCCAAAACCAACAAAAAGAUCACACUCUAAUUCCAUCGCAUCCACAGACUCGGGAUAUGCAAGCGGAUGGGAUUCCAUUCAUUUCUGUUCAAAGGGAUCAUUUCGACACAAUUCUUUAUUUAAUGACGACCAUCCGACAUGUGAGGGACAUCCUAUAGGUUUUGAGUACGGGGAUGAUAUUAAGGUACUUUAUGUCGGAGAAGCGAAAGUUGCGAAUUUGAGAGAACAAAUGGGAAAAUCGAGGGCAAUUAUCAUUGGUUCAUCAUCACGGGAAAAUAAAUUAGGAAGCGCAUAUAGAUAUUGCAGAAAUAGGUGUGAGGCGUGUACUGGCAGUAGCUGGAUAUCAGAAAAGCCAACACCGAUACGAAGGGGGAAGAUGGUGAAAGAUGAGCGGGGUCGUAUAGCACCGGUUUAUUGUGAUGAAGGACCUAUUGAUUUGGGAAGGAGAAUUGCUUGGGAAUCUAUUAGGACUGUUUCUUUGAAUGCCUGCGGUACAAGCUCGGAGUGGAAUGGAAGGAGGGGUAGAACCGAGUGUGAGGCAUUUAUGGAGUUGGGGUUUUAG